AUGGAUUCCAUGAACAACAGAAUGGAAACAAUCUUGAAGGAGGACUAUAACGACAGCCAUGAAUCUCUACAGAGAAGCACACCAGAGGAGGUGGAGGAGUCACUUAGGCUCAUCGAUGACCUGAAGUAUUUUUUGUCCUCGGCGCCAGCGAACUGGCAAGAGAACCAGAUUAUAAGACGAUAUUACCUGAACAAUGAACAGGGUUUCGUGUCGUGCGUCUUUUGGAAUAACGUCUACUAUGUGACAGGGACAGAUAUUGUCAAAUGCUGCGUUUACAGGAUGCAAAAGUUCGGGAGAGCCAUCAUUCAGAAGAAGAAAUUCGAAGAAGGUAUAUUUUCAGACCUUCGAAACCUGAAAUGCGGGAUUGAUGCUACGCUGGAGCAACCUAAGUCUGACUUCCUCGCAUUUUUGUUUAGAAACUCUUGUCUCAAGACGCAAAAGAAGCAAAAAGUCUUCUUCUGGUUUAGCGUUCCUUACGAUAAGCUGUUCAGAGACGCGCUAGAAAGGGACCUGAAGAGAGAGACGUUAGACCAGCAAUCCACUACCAGAGCACUUUCGGAACCAGCGCUGUCUUUCCAGUACAAUAUCAAACUGGGGACGUCUCUGUCCGAACAGUUGCAGAAGCAUAUCAAGCAAAUGAGAUUGCCGGACGAACUCGACGCUAUGGAUGAUGAACCUGAAUUGAAGGAAGAACCGUCUAUUUUAGACUGCAUGAAAAUCAAUGUCGAUGACGACGUAACGGAGUCAAGCGUUCCUUUGACACCUGCAUUCAACUCCUCAGCACCCACGUCAAUACAGAUACUGGAGACAGAGGAUGUACCAAUACUGCACGACAAGACGGUUCUAGAUAUUCCCCCAACGGCAUCGUUGAAUCUCGAUCCUUAUCAAUCUAUGGUGACACCAGUGAAGCUAGGCCAAUCUCUCAGUUCUGAUAGAGUGGGUUUACCUGAGCUCGACAAGGAAGUGGAUGAUGACGCUUUCCCUUUGGACUACUUUCCCAUUGACAUAGAAUAUCCGGAUUUAAUGAAUAGCCAGAUGAGUAAUCCGAACACCAACGGUGUUGGGCUGAUAAGCACAGCAGAGAUUAAUGAAAGUUAUCAAAACCCGUUCUUGCACAUUCCGAAAACGAAAAAAUCUAAAGCGUAUCCAACGUCUGCCACGUCAUUAGUAAUGCCUUACAUGGACAGUAAUAUAAAUCAAUCGCUUCCUGAUAGCGAAGAACUAUCAAACUUAUCGGGACUUAAUAUGUUGCCACAACAAAGGAUACCAUACGGAUAUCAGCAGCAGCUUUCAUAUAACCCUUGCAUCAAUAUUAUGCCGUCCAGACACCCUGGUGAUAUAAUGGCGCAAACAAUAGAACCUCGAGCUGCAAAUGCAUCCACUGGUACUCCAAUCUUCCCCGGGUGUGAUGCCAUCUACACUCCACAAGAAAUCAGCGAUUGGAAAGCUUUCUUGCAGCAACAACCAUCCCAUAUGCAAAUCAUCCAAACGCCACACUCUUCAAACGUCAUCAAUCCAUAUGGGUCCGCUUACCAUUCUGCAGAUCCAGCUAUGUGGGGUCAUUCGCUCUAUAUGGGCAAUGGUUCUACAACUCCACUACACAUGGAGAAAACAGCACAGUUCAUAAGAAGGAAACAAUUCCGUAACAUGGUACCUUCUUCAACGUUUACAAGAAAGGGAAAGGUUAUGAAGACGCCACAUAUAAAGAAAUACGAUCCGUCAAAGGAGAAGAGAUCGAAAUAUCAAAAAAAGUUUAGGGACAACACUAAACAAAGCACGACGGUCGAUCAUGAUGUUAAGAAUUAA